AUGCGUUUCGUACAACGCGCAGCGUCUGUGUCGCGGACAUGGCGCACUACUGCAUUGAACACGUCGGCUCUGUGGGGCACGGUCGUCAUCACACGUCCCCGCGCGCCCCCGCUGACCGUCCUUACGACACUUCUUGAACGGUCACGCGGCGCACAGCUCGACAUCUUUCUGGACUUGUACCACACCGGGCCUCGGCGUCAAAAUGUCCAGCGGCAAGACGGUCCUACCUACAUCAAGGACGCGAUGCAGUUACUGCGUCAACACAUUCAGCGGUGGAGAUCACUCGAUCUUACUUGGGGCAUGGCUUUCCAGUGGUCAGAUGAACUCGAUUAUAUGUACGGGCCCUUCCUCACUGGAACAGCGGACGCUUUAAAGAGUCUACAUUUGAGCUGCGUCUGUCGUUUCAUUCACCAGGAUGACGUGCAACGUUGCGACUUCACCAAAGGUCUUUCCGCCCCGAACCUACGUAGUCUGGACCUGGACGUCCCAUCUGCCACCGAUCUGAAUUCGAGCAAAGUGACCGCACGCUUUCCGUCCAUCCAAGAGCUCAGGUGGAGGGAGAACUGCAAGCCGAGAUGGUUUCACAAUAGCAUGGAUUUCAUGCGGAUGCUGGGACCCCUCCGCGACCUGCGACAUUUGACGCUAGAUAACGUCGAGGUGGAAGACGUCAAAAACGAGCCAUUAGACGAUGACGAGGCGCUGGUUUGCCUGCCCGCUCUGGAAACGCUUACCUUUUGCGACACCAAUUUCGCCACCAUCAGAGACAUGCUUUCCAUCGUGACUGCACCACAACUGCGUGACCUCACCAUCCUCAAUCUGAUACAUGAAGACGAGACAGCCUCUUUCCACGCCUUCUGGCAGCAGCCCAGACGCUUCCCACUUUUACGAACACUUAACCUCGAAUACAACGUCGACGGGUUGACCAUCGAGGAGCUAAUCGACUUAUGGCACCAUUUCCAAUUCUUCCGCUCGGCGCGCAUCAUCCACACGUUUGCGCGGGACUCCAACGAUUUUUCCAUGGAAGACGUGCUUGAAGUUCUCUCGAAUGCACAAGAAGACGGCAGAUGGCUCUUCCCCAGCCUCACCUCCGUUGCCAUAUACUCUAAAUCCAAUUUAGCCACAGAUGGGCUUCGGCAGCUCGUGGGGAACCGCCAGGAGACGGAGACAGAAGUUCCAGACAUAGGCGUAACAGGGCUGCAGACGUUGAAGAUCUACGCUCCAGCCAUGGUCCACUCGACGGAUUCAGAUUACUUCGUACAGAAUUUGCGGCAUUUCGACUGGAUCCAGGGCAAGCCUCCCCCGGGCUGCGACAAGCAGCAUCUGUCGAUGGCAAGCUGGGCGAUGCAAUUGACGGUGUACCUCAGGCUCAUGCGCUGA